CCCGAAUGUGUACUACGUCACAGUAUAUACAAUGAAACAUGGUUGACUGUGGGAACUCAAGAUGCAGCCAGGAACGACGGGCUUUUAGAAAAGAACUGCUGUCAUGGAGCAAAAAAGUACCUAUAGCAGUUGGGCUGGAAAGAAUUGCAGAAGAGUUUGGUGGAAAAAAGAACAUUACAGAACUUUUGUUACCAUUUAAUUGUCUAGAGGCUGGAAUAACACAGGACUGGAAGCAGGAGCAGACAUGUUUCUUCUGUGAAUCUCGCCUACAGAACCUCUUUGAGGCAGUAUCCCAGCUUAUGAAAGAGGCAAAAGAUGGCAAAAGUCUACAAGAUAAUCCAGGCUUUAGGUAUCUUCAAGAGUUACUCCCUUACUGCCCCCAGUUCUAUACAGACAGUGUGGGGAGAGAGCUACUGGCAGAACUUAGAUCCACCACUACUCAGUCUUUGGAUAACACUGAGACAGAGACAGCAGGCAGUAAUGCACAGGACCCCAUAGAACUGAAAAUACCUCAUAUUGUGGCCCCCACUUGUUCUAGUAUACCCAAGAAGAGAGAGUCAACAAACACCAAUUGUAAGAAAUCCUACACAGACGAGGAGCUGCUGGCUGCUGUGUCAGAGAUUCAGAGUGGAAAACUCGGAACACGACGAGCAUCUGUUUUGUAUGGAAUUCCAAGAUCAACACUCCGCAACAAAAUUUUCAAGAUGGGAGUUGAUAAACAGGACUCAGCAAUUCAUCAAGCUGAAGUGGAGGAACAAACAGAAUUGACAGUGAAGUGGACAGAUUUAAUACCUGGGGCCAGCAUAGCUUUACUGCCAUUUCCUAUGCCUUAUGCUAUAGACUGGGGAGCUGAAUUAGAAAAUCACUAUGAAUCGCAGGAGAAAAAACUGGAAUAUCUUCGUAAGAAGCAUAAUUUAAGUCGUAAAAAGGAGAACUUUCUUGCUCAACACUCUCAUGAACUAAAACUUCCAAUCUUGAGAACCAUUAUUAAAAAAUUGGCAGAGGAAAGAAUAGAAAUGGAGCGUAAUGCUCUUAGAGUUCGUAAGCAAGAGGAGUUUAAUGGGAAGAAAAUAUUGUCUCCAAGAAUGUCUUCAAGAAAUGGAAACUUGGAUGUCUAUUCCUCGGAGAGCUCAUCAGAUAUUAUUAUACCGUCCUUUCAGCCAAUGCACAAUAAACUGGAGAGUAAGGUUGAUAAUCAUUUCCAGAGUUCUCUAGAUAAGAUUGAAAAUGCAGCUGUUGGAGAGACAUUGAAAGACAUUAUUGUGAAGACAAUCUCAGAGAAAGUUAAGUUCAAGUCUCAGGCUCUUUCCGAGUUAUGCCAGGGUUUGGCCAGGAGCAUGGAGUCUGAUGACUUCUCUCAAGUCAACUCCCCGUCACCGGCCAAGAAAAGUCGCCAUGAGGAUGGAGACAAGAAAAAAUCCAUUGACAGUCCAACAAAGAAAACACGGCCAAAACGGGGUCAGUACAGAAAGUACAACAGCCAGUUGUUAAUGGAGGCAGUUAAAGCAGUACAGAGAGGAGAGAUGAGUGUACAUCGAGCAGGGAGUUACUAUGGAGUUCCCCAUUCUACACUGGAGUACAAGGUCAAAGAGAGACAUCUUCUAAGGCAGAAGAAAAUCAAGGAGCAAAGAGAGCAGAGGGAGGCAGAACAAGGUCCAGUAUCCAGCAACACAAAGAAGUCAACAGAACAUAGCAAAACAAGCUCGGAGAAAAAGGAAUCUAAAAAGCAGGAUUCCAAAGAAGAAAAGGAAGGGAGUAAGAAGACAAGUGUAGGAGGCUCUGGAUGGAUAGCUCCCUAUCUCCCAGGAGGACCUGGCCUUGCUAGUCUUGGGGGUCUGUACAACUCCUCUGGAUUUGCACUUAAUACUCCAGCAUCAGAGCUCUUAAGAAAACUUCAACAUAAGGUGCAGAGUAAAGGAGGCAGUGAUCAGGAAAAUUAUGAACAACUUUUAAAGCCAGGGACUCUCUCAGAUAGGUUUCUAUAUCUACAUUAGGUGGAAUCUACAUGAAUAUUUCCUUUAUUUUUUUUCUCCAUCCAUAGACUCAGAAUGAAGAAUUGAAUGUUUGGGGACAAAAUUUUGAUGUAACAGUUGUAUUGAGUUAGAAAUGAAUUUUUUUUUUCUUUAAGAACUUAAUUAGACAUGUAGCUACAAUGUUUAA